UAAUUUAGUAAUCUUAGAAUAUUACCCAAACUUUAAGAACGUUCUUAAUUAAAUGGUUAGAAUAAAGUUUUGUCGAUAGGCGUGACAGAAUCUAACGAUAUUUAAUUUGAUUCGUGCCGAAAUGGGCAGGUAGCGAAUUGACAAUACUCUUCAAGAUGGCUUACCCGUACGGACAGGGCCCUCCAGGGGGAUAUGGUGCACCACCUCCUCAGGGGGGAGGUUAUUAUGGGGCUCCACAACAGCCAGGUUUUGGAGGAGGACUGCCAGGACCAGGGUUUGGGGGACAACCUCCACCCCUAGGAGGAUUCGGUGGCGGGGGCUUUGUUGCUCAGCCUCCUAUUGAUCCCCAGGUCCAGCAGUGGUUCAUGUCUGUGGAUGCUGACAAGAGUGGAAGAAUUACAGCUAUAGAGCUACAGCAGGCACUAGUCAAUGCUAACUGGUCCCACUUCAACCCAGAGACCUGUAGGCUUAUGAUAGGAAUGUUUGACAAAGACAUGAGUGGGACAAUAGAAUUGAACGAGUUUCAGGCUCUUUGGAACUAUAUUCAGCAGUGGAAAGGCGUGUUUGAACAGUUUGAUCAAAAUAGAUCCGGUCAAAUCGAUUUCAAUGAGCUUUGUAAUGCUUACAGACAGAUGGGGUACAAUCUUACCCCACAAUUCGCUCAGACGGUCGUGGCUAAGUUUGACAUCAUGGGUCGACAGAGUCUGACUUUGGACAACUUCAUCCAAUCGUGCGUUAUGUUGAAGUCACUGACGGACGCCUUUAAAUCCCGGGACCCAACAAGUUCAGGCAGAGUCAAUAUGAGUUACGAGGACUUUAUGACUUUAGCUGUGUUCAACAAAAUAUAGGACCUGCAUUUCUAAAAUGUUUUUUUUAACAACAUACACCAUUUAGUUAUUUUGAUAUUUUUUAUCAUUUGUUAUUUAUCUCUGGGUCAUUUGAUGCUUUUUUUAAAAAUUAUAGUCAUUUACUAAAGGUUACCUAGGACAUGCUCUUUUAUUUAGCUUUUAGUGUCUGUCAAAUAAAUGACUUAACAAAUGAUAUAUAUAUAUAUAUAUAUAUGUAACCUGCCUUGAUAAAUUGCUUCAUGUAACUAGUGAGAAAUGAAUACAUGUACAUUAAUUGUACUUGUGAUUAUAAAUACAUGUGUUAUGGAGUGCAGAAAUUGUAAGUAGUUUCCUUGUUAAACAUCUUGUGCAUUGUAGAAUUUGUUUACACCGAUAUACUCAUGAACUUGUCCAUAUUGGGUUUUUGAAGGAAAUAAAUACUUUAUUUCAACUUU